UUACAGUUGUGUGAAGUCCUUUAGAUCUGGACCAGCCAAAAGAUUCUUAAGUUCAUUUCCUCCCUUUCAAAAGCAUUCGUGGUUCUGUUUAUUCGGCCCUUCUCUUGUCUCAGUGACCCUGAAUUGCUGCCGUACAUCGCAGUCCGGCCUCUUAAUCCGAGCAUUUAACAGUUGCUCAAUCAUUGAAAGUGACUCGCAACCCACUUCGUUUAAGCCCCCAUCUAGGCGCCUCUGGCUUCUGUGCUAUUUUCUGGGGCUUCUUGAAAACAGAGCUCUGUUCGUUUGACUUCUCGGGUCUCCAGCUUCUUCCGCAAAUUUUUUUUAGCCAUUUUACAGCCUAAAUCUGAGCCUGAUCUCAGCUUCUCCUCCACUUUCUCAAACUGGGUUUCUGUGGAAAAAACUUCCCUUUCUGAGAAACACUUGAAAUUUGCAGUGUGGACUAGCUUGAAUCGUACUUCAUCAGUGACUUUUGCCUUUUAGCUUUUCUUUUCUAUUUUUUGUUUCAUUUUUUACUCUAAUGGGUGUGAAUGUUGUAGUUUCUUGAAAUGGGUCAGCUCUGAUUGCUUCUGUUAUAUGAUGACCUUCAAUUCUUGGUAAGGAUGAACAGAUCUCAUAGCUCAUUUAUCGUCUUUCAGCGUGUCUGCACUGUUUUCAGAAACAAGUAGACUUCAAGAUCUCUCUGUCCUUUCUUGUAUUAAAUGCACUUGGUUUUAUCUCCAAUCACAUCGAUUUAGACUUUAAACUCAUUUAGAUCCAUUGUAAGACUCCCUUUUUAAUGUUUCCAAGUCCUAAUUUUGUUAUUUUUUUCUUCUCUAAAGAAGUAUUCCUUACGUAUACAGUGGUGACUUGCUCAGUCAGUCUCCUACUUUAAUUGACUGAAGAAUGCUCAUCUCUAGUGGGAAAGAAGAGCAUGCGUCUCUGCCUGUGGAUGAUUUGAGACCGCCCUUGAAACCACCCCCAAUGGGACUAAACUCGGAUUCCUUAGAUGGGUAUCCGCCAGCUACUGAAUCGUCCGAUUCGCCACCUCUGAUCCAUGGAUACACAGAUGUCACCGUCGUCCCGGAGCAUGAAAAGCACGAGCUCGAGCAAACGAUCUCGAAUCUUGAAGGAGAGAUUCUGCAAUUGCGGCAGAAGCAGAAAUUGUUGGAUGAGAAGCGGAGAGAGGCGUUGAAUAACAUAAUAGAUAUUAAAGGAAGUAUUCGAGUGUUUUGUCGUGUCCGGCCAUUCCUUCCGAGAAACAGAAGAAAGAACAUAAAUCCCAUUUCGACCGGUUUGGAUAAAAUGGUGGUGAAAUUGUCUGGAGGGGCCAAGGAAUUCGAGUUUGAUAAGCUGUUCCAGCAAGAAUCUAGCCAAGAAGACAUUUUCGCGGAGGUAGAACCGAUUCUCACAUCUGCGCUCGAUGGGCACAACGUGUGCGUGUUAGCUUAUGGACAAACCGGUACUGGCAAGACGUACACAAUGGACGGAGUAAAUGAUAAGCCGGGAAUUGUCCCUCGAGCUCUCGAGAAGCUUUUCAGCCAUGCCUCUAGGGACAAAUCAUCUUCUCUAACAUUUUCCAUGAGCAUGUUGGAGGUAUACAUGGGGAAUCUAAGAGAUCUGCUAGCUCCAAAACCGAUCUGCAGGGCGUAUGAAACUUCAGCUCGCUGCAGUAACCUCAGCAUUCAGACGGAUCUGAAGGGUCUGGUUGAAGUCGAGGGCCUCAUGGAAGUUCAAAUCCCCGAUUUGGGGAAGGCAAAGUGGUGGUACAACAAGGGCAGACGGUCUCGAUCUACUUCGUGGACUAAUGUGAAUGAGACUUCUAGCAGAUCACACUGCUUAACAAGAAUUUCCAUCGUCCGCAAAUGGGAUUCUGAUGCCAAAACAGAAUCGAGCAAGCUGUGGAUGGUCGAUCUUGGAGGGAGUGAGAGGUUGCUGAAAACAGGAGCCAUUGGACAAACACUUGACGAGGGACGGGCCAUAAAUCUGUCCCUUUCGGCUUUAGGUGAUGUUAUUGCAGCUCUCAGGAGGAAGAGAGGUCAUGUGCCUUACAGGAAUAGCAAGUUGACACAAAUCCUCAAGGAUUCUCUAGGCGAUGGGUCGAAGGUCUUGAUGCUUGCCCAUGUUAGUCCUUGUGAAGAAGAUGUUGCCGAGACUGUUUGUUCCUUGAGUUUCGCCACGAGAGCAAGAGCAGUCGAGUCCAUUAGAGAAAUACCCGAGGACUUGAAGAAGCUGAGGGAGAAAAAGUUGGCAGAUCUUGAAAAGCAUAUGAAAGAAGCCGAGAAAGAGUCUCAGAUCGUCACAGAUCAGUUGCUCAAAGCCGAAUUUCUUCUAAGUGAGAACAAAAAGCUCUUCUCAUCCACAUACGAUCUUGUUGAAGAUGUCGAGAAAACCACGAGCCCCAAGGAUUUAGAGGAAGUGCUUGGAACUCCGCCGACAUCUGUUAAAGUCAUUAAGCCAACAAUAUCCAAUUCUCUGCCUCGGUUCAUGACCUCGACGGUGGCGAGCCGCCAGAGGCAAAGCGCUUCAGAAAGAGACAUUGUUGGGAGAACAAAAAGCUGGAGAUCGGCGACGAGAAGCUCGAUCCAGUUUUCACAUUCUCAGUCAUUCGGCUAUUCAGAUCCGCACUUGAAAGCAAUGUUGGAAAAGUCAACCAAAAAAUCGCGGUACGCAGAACCAAAGGGUCUCCCGACCGAGAGUCCUAAAUGCAUUGGCUCGGAUUCCAAACCCACUUCCUUGCUGCGAAGCAAGAUGGUGACUUCUUCAGACCCGAACGUGAGAGCCACACUUGCCCGUCACAGAAGGAGGAUGUCGAAUCUGAUCUGAAGCAACCAGCAUUGCGGUUGCUGAUCGUUUGGGGGUGAUCUGUGUAGGCUUCUUGGUGAUCUCGGUGUGUGUACGUGUGUGUUUUUACUAGUUCAUACUUACUAGUGUGUAGUGUGAGAGGUGUCUAUAGGAGUGAGCAUUUACAUAUAAGUGUUGUUUCGCUUAGAUAAGGAGUGGGGAUCGCUUCAUUAUUUGUUCAUGUGAUCCUCGAGACCGUGCCGUUUCAGAUGUGAGACCGGCGGAGCAAUCGUGGUCUCUCAUCUUUCUAACCCGUUUAGCCGCUCGACGUGGUUCGGGCUUGUACUGUCAUGACACUGUCAAAAAAAUGUAUGGAAACGUUCAUUUGCCGAGUUCAAUGUGAGAUGUGAUUUUAACUGCA